AUGAAGAUUCGUCGCAAGAAGAAUGUCAAGAAGGGUAUUCAGUUCUGUUUGAUGGUCUGUGGUGCCAGCGGAACUGGUCGCACAACUUUUGUCAACACCCUCUGUGGCAAGCAAGUUCUUGAGGGCAAGGAUGCCGAUGAUGCAGAGAACGCCCAUCUUGAGGAGGGUGUCCGUAUCAAGCCUGUCACCGUCGAGCUCGAGCUGGAUGAGGAAGGUACCCGCAUCUCUUUGACUAUUGUUGAUACCCCGGGUUUCGGUGACCAGAUUGACAACGAGGCCAGGCAUGCUUCUCACAGCUUCGGCGAGAUUGUUGGAUACCUUGAGCGCCAAUACGAUGACAUUCUUGCUGAGGAGUCCCGAAUUAAGCGUAACCCCCGUUUCAGAGAUAACCGUGUUCACGUGCUGCUGUACUUCAUCACCCCCACCGGACACGGCCUGCGUGAGCUUGAUAUCGAAUUGAUGAAGCGCCUCUCCCCUCGUGUUAACGUCAUCCCCGUCAUCGGAAAGGCCGACUCCCUCACCCCCGCAGAAUUGGCCGAGUCAAAGAAGUUGAUCAUGGAGGACAUUGAGCACUACCGUAUUCCCGUCUACAACUUCCCCUACGAUGUCGAAGAGGAUGAUGAGGACACUGUUGAGGAGAACGCUGAGCUCCGUGGUCUGAUGCCCUUUGCCAUUGUUGGUUCUGAAGAUUUUGUCGAGAUUGAUAACCGCAAGGUCCGCGCUCGUCAGUACCCAUGGGGUGUGGUCGAGGUUGAGAACCCCCGUCACUCCGAUUUCCUUGCUAUCCGCAGUGCCCUUCUUCACAGCCAUCUCGCAGAUCUGAAGGAGAUCACCCACGACUUCCUCUACGAGAACUACCGUACAGAGAAGCUCAGCAAGAGCGUGGACGGUGCUGUUUCUGGUAUCGACUCAAGCAUGAACCCCGAAGACCUUGCCUCCCAGUCCGUCCGUUUGAAGGAGGAGCAACUCCGUCGCGAGGAGGAGAAGCUGCGCGAGAUCGAACUGAAGGUGCAGCGCGAGAUCGCCGAGAAGCGACAGGAGUUGUUGGCUCGCGAGAGCCAGCUGCGGGAGAUCGAGGCUCGUAUGGCGCGCGAGGCAAGCCAGAGCAAUGUCAGCGAAGCCAAUGGAGAGGCCUAG